UCAAAACACUUCCCUUCAUUAAUUUAAACCAACAACUUAUCAUUCUUUGACAUUCUUUCAAUGACAUUGCAAAUAUUAAACUUUAUGCAUGCAUACUUCUUCGCGGUUCAGUUGCGAUUUGAAGCGUCACAAUGACUAUUCAAGUUCCCGGUGUAGUGCAUUUUCAUAUACGCUUCUUUCAGAUAAUCGGUUGCUUUGAUGCUUCGCUGCAAACGCAGCCUAGGUUGCAAAAGAUCGCCGAGCAGCGUCUUGUAACCUGGACAAAUUUACUAUUGUUAAUAUUUUCCUUGACUACAGUGAAUACCUUCUUUCGGCCAGAUGCUUUUCUUUUCACCACAAACCGCUUCGGUUACUUCAACGAUGUUCUGAAGGUGUGCAUGGCGCAAGUGACAAUUUUAAUCAUUUACACGGAGACAGUAUGGCGCCGACGUGCUUUGCGCCAUUUUUGGCAACGAUAUGCAUUGCUAACUCAAGUUAAAUCCGAACAAUUUCUCUCGAAUGAAAGUAAUUGGCGUGUGCAGUUAAGCACACAUCGUCACUUUCUUUACAUUUUAUAUGGCAUUACGGUAUUAGAUUUGCUCAUCGAGGUAAUCUUCUUCUCAUUGCAACCAUUAACCGAUCAGGCACAGCAGUUUUGGUUUAUGUUCACACCGUUCGUUUAUUUGGUGCAUUUGCGAAAUAUGCAAAUUGUAUUUCAUAUUGAAAUUAUACGACACGAACUAGAGAAACUGCGCAACGACGUUGGCCUACUGGCAGAGUAUACAAAUUUUGCUCGUCGCGUGGUGCCUUUCGCCGGAUUUGAAGACUUUGUGCGGCGGAAGUUGGCCGAGAAACAGUUGGUUUUUCAACGAAUUCAUGAGAUGCUCGACUAUUUUCGAAAUGCUUUUGGUAUGUCUAUCAUUGCCGUACUUUUGAUGAUUUAUGUGCGAGUGGUCGUCGACGCGUACUUCAUGUUCUACAAUAAGUCAGAUGGCUGGUAUUUUGCAGGUAUUUACUCAUACAUAAAUAAAUAA